AAGCGGUAUAGAUAUGUCUAACAUCGAACAGAAACGCGAUGGCAUAUCUCAUACAGAGCCCAAGAGUAUAAGACCAAUACCUGAUCUUGACAGAAGCUGGUUAAAGCUUUCGCUAUGGUUUCUGCUCUUUGUUCUAAUGUCGUAUAGCGUUCUGGUAUCGUCGAUGCACCACCCGUCUACAAGUCUGUUAAGCUACAUACCGACAUGGACACAGAAGCUCAUAAACAGGAACACCAACACCGUCGGUAUAGGUGGACCCAUCUUCACCUCGUUCGAUUUCGAUCCAAAUGUGGAUCUAUCACCCACUCCUGUUAUUGUCUUCGGAAUGCUGAUGAUCAUCUUUGUUGUGCUCCUCUCAUAGGACUCACUGGACAUUAUUCAUAGAGGGUCGGUAUAUGACCUCCAGACCGCACGUGACUACGUUUAACGAUAAAAGCUUUGUAAAUAUAAUGACCCAUAUUCAUUCUGAG